AUGCCCAGUUAUGUAAAAUUCAUGAAGGAGAUUUUGUCAAAGAAAAGAAAAAUGGAAACUAUGGCUUUGACAGAAGAGUAUAGUGAAAUUUUACAAAGCAUAAUGCCCCAGAAGCUAAGAGAUCCGGGGAGCUUUACUAUCCCAUACAUUAUAGAGAAUUUUGAGUGCAAGCAUGCAUUAUGUGAUUUGGAGACAAAUAUUAAUCUGAUGCCCUUAUAUGUUUUUCACCGACCUGGUUUGGGUGAAGCUAGGCCAACAACAAUUGUUGUACAUUUGGCAGAUCGAUCAGUGAAGCACCCAAGGGUUAUUAUUGAAGAUGUCCUAAUGAAAUUGGACAAAUUUAUUUUUCUUGCUGACUUCAUUGUUCUAGAUAUGGAGGAGGAUGCUACCUAUCAUACUUGGAAGACCAUUCUUAGCCACGGGACAAGCACUGAUUGA